AUGGGGGUGGGCUUUGGGGUCUCCUGUGCUUCAAGCUACUCCCAGUAUCAUAGAAGGCUUCCUGUUAUGUGCAAGAUAGAGGAUUUCCAGCCUCAUAUCUGCAGGCAUGCUGCCAUGUCCCACUAUGAUGAUAAUGGUCUUUCCCCGUUGCAGAUUGCCGAUUACCCAGAAUUUUUGAAUUUGCCAGAUAGAGAAAUCAACCAGCACAUUCGUAUUGUUUAUUCAACGGUUUUGAAAAAAGAGUGUGAAAAAUCCAAAGGUGUUGGAAAAUUCCUAUUUUCAUUUCACCACAGCAAUGCUAACAAAAAAGUCAAGCAAGAUAGUAAUGGACCUAGCUUUUGGAGAAGAAAAGAUUCUAGGAGCCCAGACAAAUCCUCUCUCAGGUCCCACCAGGAGAACGGCAUGCCAUUCAAGGACUCAACGCCCUGUCCUUCAGACUUCCCAAGUGAAAUUCCUGUCAGGGUUGAUGGGAACAGGAAUGAGAUCCGCUCAGGAAAUUCUCUCCUGGCUUCUCCUAUACACAGCAGCUGCAGCCUGGAGAAGGAGGAGUCAGAACUUCAUCUGUAUGUUAUUUCUGGAACCUCAUCGAUAUUUCUGCACUUGAAGAGUUCAUGGAACAACUACAUUAUAAGAGCGACUCUUUCACAAGAGUCUCCAAGUUCUAGUGAACACUGUCACAUCAUUGGGAAUCCAAAGCCAUACAGAUCCGAGGAGAAAAUUAAACACUUCAGUCAACUGAAAUCUGAGCUUUUCCUUCAAGACAACACUUUGAGGGAGAUUCUGUGUGUAGUCACGGAACUUAGAGUAGCAGCCCAGAAAAAUUUCAUCCUGAAAAGACUUUUCUGGAAAACCAGUGAGCUUUUCUACUUCCUAGUGAACAAACUUCAUGAGUAUUUGCCAGAGUCUAGGAAUAAGACUACACUUCACAAUAAAAGCCAAAGGGUCAACGAGCUAGCGGCGUGUAUUGAAAUUAUACAGACCCUGGGUCUGAUGUUCAGGGAAACAGAAAUUGAAUCAUCACGAUUGAGCACGCUGGCAGCUAAGAAGGGGACACUGUUUAAUCUCUUAGUAAUUUUAAUUAGCAAGCCUAAUGUUCCAAAGUCUUGCUUCCUGUUUAACGCCCAGCAGCCAUCUGAUUCAACUUCAGCUGAAAUGUCUUUCGAUGCUCAGUUACAGAAGCUCAUCCUGGAGUAUAUGGAUAAGGCUACAGCCCUGUUUUAUGAGAUUCUUCUUGCCUUUCAGCAGGGAAAUCUUGGAUUGGGAUCCACGAAGCUUGCUGUUAGCUGGAUGAUGUCAUCCCUACAGAGCUGUCCUCCCAUGAUGGUUUUUGUGGCCAGUAUUAUAAAGCAGGUGGUGGACGGGCUUUCAGCCUCGCUCCAGCUGCUGACUCCCUGCCAAGCGGUUCUGUUGUAUCAGCGGCUUUACAUUCUCAAGAGCUGCCUACAGUACAGCAAGGCUCUUGCUGAGCGUAUUAGGAACGACCACAGCGAAGAGUUCAGGUACUUCAUUUGCAUGCCGGCCUUGGAGAAGAGGCUCCCUGUAUGGUACCCUAUUACGGAGCCCACCACUCAACUGUGUCAUGAAGUUCUACAAUUGAUCAAUAUGCAAAAUGUUAGAGGAGAUUAA